GCGUUUUAAUUCAAGCCCUGUAUUCGAUAGCAUCAACCCGAAAUUACUUUUGCAUUUUUGUUAAUGAGUGCCUGGCCCUAUAUAUACCGGAAAUUUCGCUGAGAACUGACAGAGAUCAUAAAUCAUCAUGUGGUUGAACAGUGUGCUCGUGGUGCAAGUCCUUCUGGUGCUGUGCUCCGGCAGCUUGGCUGAGAAAAUGAUGCGGCCCAAGUUCAAGGAGAUCAAAACAUGGAGUGAGGAAAAAAUGGUCAGCCACAAGGUGCUCUACGACAACUCGGAUCCUCACAUGAAUUUCUCCAUGGAGGUGCACCAACCGCUGAACGAUGUGGACAUACACUUGGAGGUGCGCAUAACCAACAAACUGGACCCUUACUAUUCAAGCACUUUGAAUACCACCCUCAACAUUUGUCGCAUCCUGGGCUUUGCCAACCAAUCGCCAGUGGGUCGAUUUGUGCACGGCUUCAUUCGCGAGUACGGAAACAUUAUUGACACCUGUCCUAUACCGAAGGGAAGAUACAAAUUUCAUCACAUACGCUUUAAACGCAAAUUACAGGGCUCCUACUUCAUCAAUAAGUUUUGGUGGCCAGAGGAUCCAACCACGGCCAUUCUGCCGGAGGUCGAGUUCGACAUUCACUUUGAGGCCCAUCACCUGGACGCCAGCAAGAAGCGAACGCUCCUUAUGAACGACCACAUUGCCGGCGACUUUGUUGUCCAGGAUGUGAACAACCUAAAGCCUGGCAUCUUCGGCAUGUUGCCCAAGACGACCUAAGCUAAAUACACACUACUGAAACCUAGCCAGCGUCUAUAUCUAACCAGCACUUUCGAUGUUUCAAUGGUAUUCUUUAACUUAUCUAUCAGUUAUUCCUAAAUGUAGUAAUGAGCAAUAAAUUUGCCAAUUUGCGCAAACUAAA